AUGGUUGCCAAAGCUUGGAGCCUUAGGCGCUGCUCCGACAAGUUCAGAAAGCUGUGCAGUACCGCUUUCACACCGCGGAUGUUGCACAACAUCCCUUUCUUGAGACACCUGAUAACACUGAAGCUUGCUUCCAAGUAUUCGACUGGCCCUCUCAGAGAGACGCUGACACGAGAAUUUGGAAAAGAACGUCUUUUCGGGAACUAUGGAGAACGGAGCUCGUAUCUUAACACAAAGGUCGCCGUGACCGCGACAGAUAAAACCGGGUCUAAAGCAAUCGUUAUUGCGAACUACAGCCGGCCAGAGGGUGAGAAGAAAAGACUACGCCCCGCAGAGUAUGAGUUUCUGCGACCAGAUCGACCAAGGUUCGGCUUCUCAAUCGCAGACGCGGCAGCUGCCACGUCGGCUGCACCCAGCUUUUUCAAGCCGUUCGAGCACGCUCAUACCUAUCGCACAUACCUAGACGGCGCGCUUUACCACAACAAUCCCGUCCGGCUCAUGAACCAUGAGAGAAAGCUGCUCUGGCCCGAUGUCGCCGGUCAAGACCCCGAUCUCUUCCUUUCGAUAGGCACAAGUCAAAACAAGGCGGACAUGCAAGCCGGCCAAGCCGACUCGACAACAACGGCUUCUGAGUUAAAUUAUGGGGAACGUACUGAUGAAGAAAGUGCCCGACAACCCACCUUCCACAUGAUGCCUCAGAUCGUUUCCACAAUGCGAAACCUCAUGGACAAUAUUCUCGACGCCGAGAAAGCGUGGGAUAAAUUUCGCUCUGACAUGUGCGCAACGAGUAGCAGCGCUUCGCGCUACGUGCGCAUCAAUCCGAAUAUCGGACGUUGUCCGCCAUGUCUGGACGAGGUAAAAGAGAUCGGACGAUUAAUCGGUGACGUUCGCGCAUCCAUGAAGACCCCAGAAAGCCGUGCUCAGAUUGCAAGGACUAUGCACAUACUUGUGGCUAGCUCGUUCUACUUCGAACUGCUCAAUGGCCCUGUGCCGAAUGAUGACGGAACUUUCUCUUGCGAAGGUACGCUAUCGUCACGAACAACAAUAUGA